AUGGCGCCUCUCCGCUCGCUCAAGACAUUCAACUUACCACCAGAGGAAGGAGACGAAAUAGUGCACCCCGCCUCAGCCGUGUCACAGACUCCCACUUCAGAGAUCUUAGAAGGGCACCCACUCCGUGUCCUGAUAGCACCGUCAGGUUUCAAGGAGAGUUUGGGCCCAGAACAGGUUGCUGAUGCCAUCGAAGCCGGCAUCGCCAAGGUCCUAGACAAGGGGUCUGUCAUACUGCGCAAGCUACCUCUGCAUGAUGGUGGAGAAGGUUUUGCAAAGGCACUAGUGGCGACUCAUAAUGGAAGCAUCAUUGAGGAGUCAGUCUUGGGUCCUGUCGGCGAGCCUGUCGAAUCUCACAUAGGCUUCAUCGGUACCAAUAAGGAGACGGCCGUAUUAGACAUGGCCGCUGCAGCAGGCCUCCGUCUUGUCCCCAAGCAUUUGCGCGACCCGACUGUAACUACUACUUUUGGUGUCGGACAGUUGAUGAAAGUAGCAUUUGAUGCAGGAUGCACCAAGAUCAUUAUUGGGUGUGGAGACUCGGGCACAUCUGAUGGCGGAGCUGGCAUGCUCCAGGCGCUUGGUGUUCGUCUUAUAGAUGUAGACGGCAAGGACUUGCCCAUGGCAGGUGGUGGUCGUUCCUUGUCCCGUCUAGCCAGCCUGGACUGGCGCGGUAUCCAUCCUCGUUUGCGUGAAGAUUCCCCCGAGAAGGUUCAUAUAGAGGCUGUGUGCAAUGUCAAGAAUGUGCUUUGCGGUCCUAAGGGUGUCGCGCGAGUUUACGGGCCGCAAAAGGGCGCUACACCUGCUCAAGUCGACUUGCUGGCAGCAGCACUCGAGCGAUUAGCCCGAGUAACUCAUACAAAACUGGGAAAGGAUAUUUCCCAUAGCCCAGGGAGUGGUGCAAGUGGCGGCCUUGGAGCAGCCUUGAUGCUGCUUGGCGCUCAGCUUCGUGCUCGUGGCGAGGCUAUCAACGAGUAUUUUGAAAUUGAUCGUGUUCUGGAUCAGCAAUGGGACUUUGUUGUUACUGCCGAGGGAAGCCUGGACUUCCAGUCACCAAAUGGGAAGAUGACGACAGAGAUCGCCCGCCGGGCAAGGCGGAACGGUGCGCAGGUGGUCGCAUUGGCUGGCACGAUUGGAGAAGGGGCAGACGGCUGCUACGGUGCUGGCAUCAAAGCAUUCACAAGUAUUCUCAGAGGUCCCUUGUCGCUGGAUGAGGCAAUUGUGCAGACGGAGGCUUUGGUCAAGGAUGGUGCUGAGAAGGUGAUGCGCAUGAUACUGGUGGGAUUGGCCCUGGGGCGAGGUCGGUGA